CAUAGAUUAAAGCGUUUUUAUUUCAAAACUCUAUUUCAAAAUGCAAGAAACACGAUAUAUUUAUAAAAUACAGGUACGGGUGACGUCACCAAAUCAUAUUCUUUAGGUAAGAGCGGGUAAAAGUUUAUCGUGGAAAAGCUCCUAUAUUAACAUCGGGAUGAAUAUGGGAUUAAUGUACUUUAAUAUCCAUCUUGUAUAUAAGUGUUCACAAACCAUGUGACCAAUCCUUUGAAGUAAAGCAUUUUGUUGUUUAGUGGUUUACGAUUCGAGUCUUUUCGGUAAAUCCGCUAUUGCCAUUCUACUGUUUAAAAGCCAAAGAAAUAAUCAAAAUGAGCGCAGAACUGCCAUCAACAAGUAUGAUAAAGGAAUAUCGUAUUCCUUUGCCAAUAUCUGUUGAAGAGUACAAAAUCGGUCAGUUAUAUGCUGUCGCUGAAGCAAGCAAGAAUGAAACCGGAGGUGGGGACGGUGUUGAAGUUGUGAAAAAUGAGCCUCUCGAACACGAGGUGUUUGGAAAAUGUCAAUACACGUACAAGAUUAUUCAUUUGUCAUCAAAGGUUCCCGGUUAUGUUAGGGCUCUCGCACCUAAAGGCUCAUUGGAAAUCCAUGAAAAGGCAUGGAACGCGUAUCCCUUUUGUAGGACAUGGUACACCAAUGAAUACAUGGGUGAUAGUUUUCAUAUAAUAAUAGACACAUGGCAUAAACCAGGGAAUAAAGAUAUCGAGAAUGUACAUAAUCUACCUCCUGAUCUCUUAAAGAAAAGAGAUAUUGUCAACAUAGAUAUAGCCAAGCCAGUUGAGCAGAGGGAUUACAAGCCCGAUGAAGAUCCUUCUAAAUUUCAUUCUGAAAAGACUGGUCGUGGUCCUUUGGGUAGCAAAUGGCAAGAGGAAAUCAAAGAUCAGGAAAUACCUGUUAUGACAUGUUAUAAGCUGUAUCGCAUCAAGUUCAAAUGGUUCUUACUUCAGUCUAAGGUUGAAGAUCUCAUAUGUAAGUCGGUAAAGCGUCUGCUUACAAAUUUUCAUCGACAGUUGUUUUGUUGGUUGGAUAAAUGGUUUGGAAUGACCAUAGAAGAUAUACGUAAAUUAGAAGAUAAAACAAAAGCUGAGCUUGAAGAACAAAGAAAACAAGGAGAAGUUCGUGGGAUGUCAGAAAAAUAGAAUGUAGAAAGUGGAUUAAUAAAGUGAACUAUAUACUAAUCUAUUGGGAUUUUAUUUUCAAUAUUUCUUUGCUUGAAUGUGGUUUUUCUCAAGCACAACAUUCAAUAUUGACAUUACUAUAAGCAUUUUCAUCCAGUCAAGACAUAUUAUGUAUGUGUUGUUAAAUUUAUUUUGAUUAGGUUAACUAUCAUAAAUCCUUGGCAAUAUGGCCCCUUUAAACAUGGGCUUGACUUGCGUUUGAAUAUUAACCUGUUAUUCGUUUAUCUUGAAAUAGUUUAUUUGUAACCUUGUAAUCACAAAAUAAACUCGAUUUACAUGGCAUAA